AUGGCGGCAAGUUUUGAUAAUCUGGCGUUGGAAAUAAAAAUAUGUAUAAUUCUCUAUUUGCCGAAUCCUUUGCCGCUAGCAAAAUGUUCGCGAGCUUGGCACACCCUAGUGAAUUCUCCGACUACAAAGUCAAAAUGGUUAAUCAGCAUGCACGGCAAAGUACAUGCAUUGUUUCAUGCUGUAAGAAUCGGGGAACCCUUCAUUUCUGCUGACGUUGUCGAAUGUCUGCUUGCUCAAAACGCCCAUCUUAGUCGGUACUUUACCCAAAAAUUAGUACUCGGGUUUGGUAAGUAUGAUAGUAAGCUCGCAAAUGCCAAGAAAGAGCUAGAUUCGGGAGAAGAAUUAAUCCAAAUCAAAAACCGUUGUCCGUGGGCGAGCAAUCUUUUUCUUGACGUAUUUACUCGCAUUCUUGAGGAGGCACAUCGUAGGUAUGAUGGCAAUGAUAUCCCCAUUCGUGGGAAUGAUAUGGAGUCGUUUUACUAUCUUUCUGCCGGAUCGUUUAAAAUGAGCCAAGCGCAAAAAGUGCUAGAAACAAAUAUGGAUGAAAUUAAAACGUUGAUUAAACGCUACAAAUUUGCUCCGCUUCCUCCCAGACCAAAGGUUCGAAGCCAUAUUUCAAAGAAUCUGGUAUUCGAGUCUUGUGAAGAUUCAUUUACAGAUGGCUAUGAGAAUCUUCGCAAUUUGACCGUCAUUACACGAGCCAUACUCGUUUGUCCGGAAUUGCUUAAUAUCUGGAAGGAAAACGGAUACUACGAAAUAGUCGAAGAUACAAAUGAUAUUGCUAUAAGAGGUUCAUUGUUAGCACUUUAUCCAAGUACUCCGUCAGAUGAUUGGGUCAAACCCGAUCUAGAUCAAGUUGUUACGAAAUUGAGCGAUCUGCAGUCGUGUGGAUAUAAAGUGACUGAUGACUUGCUUGGAGAUGUCAUGAUAUUGCUUGAGCAAAAGCUAGACGAUAUAGGAGAUGUACUUGUUAACGCGUUCGCCGUUGUUUGCCAUAGGACUAAGCAAGAUACACUCUCUAUCUGUUUAAGGGAACUGUUGAAUCCAGCGAGAGAUAUAAAACUAUACCAUUCACUUGAAUUUGUAAUUAAUGCGAUUGACGACCCUGAAGAGGAAAUUCUUGCCGCGUUCGAAGAGUACGGCAUUGAAAAUCCCAUCGAGGUGGAUCUAGACUCUAUUUCUGAAGUCUAUACGAUCCACAAAUAUUCGCCUAUCGUAUACGAAUAUAUGCUAGCAAAGUUUGGUGCCGACUCUCGUGUUUCCAGAUAUUUGAUGAACGAAAUUACAGCUGCUCGCAUACGAAAAGCCAAACUUUGUGCAUUUAAUAGUUCUCUAGCACUGUCCUCUGUUCGAAUAGACUGUCUUUGGGCAGAAUUAGAUUAUAUCUUUAAUGUAUAUUGCAAGGGAAACGUACCUUGGAAACCACAACUUUUGCCCUUGCUCAGAACAUGUCCGAGUGAGAGGGUAAUCGAAUGUCUAUUUUCUGAGGGGUAUUUGCCGGAGCUGUUUGGAUUUCAAGCCAACGAUCAAUUACCGAGGAGUGUGUCAAACCAAAAGUUUCAUAUUACGCCAUUUACACAAACAAUACCUAGAAAAUGCGGUGAAGUACAUAACGAGAAAACGGAAUGGAUGAAUGCUAUUCUUCAUUGUAAUCAGAACAACAAUAUUACGAUCGUGUUUAGAAACCAACUUGAUAACUUUUUGCAGCGUUUACAUACCUUCACAGAAGAAAUUUAG